AUGGUUGAGUGGCUGUGGUUGCAAAAAUCAAGGCUCAAUUGGAACUUGAAAGGUGAUAGAAACACCAGGUUUUUUCAUGUGUUGACGAAGGGUAGGCAAAGUAGAAAUGAGAUCUCUUCAAUAUCCAUAGGGAAUGCUGUGUGUGAAGAUCCUGCUCAGGUCAGGCAAGAAAUUUUUCAACAGUUUAGAAAGCUGUACUCAGAAGAUCGCAGAGUUAAUGGUUCGCCAACUGAGGAGUUUUCCCCUCAAAAGGGUCUAAGACCAGGCGACCCUCUGUCCCCAUUUCUGUUCAAUAUAGCAGCUAAGGGCCUUAAUAUACUUUUGUCAAGAGCACAGCAGAUUGGCCUAAUUAAGGGAGUGAAGGUUGGUUCUAGUGGGGUGUUGUUAUCACAUUUGCAAUUUACAGAUGAUUCCAUAUUAUUUUGUGAAGCUGAGGAGAUGGAGGUGUGCAACAUCAAGAGGGUUCUAAGGGCAUUUUCCUUAAAGUAUUUAGGUAUGCCUUUGGGGGCUAAUUCAAAUAAGAAGGCAACUUGGAAGCUAGUUCUUGACAAAGUCAAAUGCAGAUUAGUAGGAUGGAAAAGGAAGCUGCUUUCAUUCUCUGGGAGGCUCGCUCUAUUAAAAUCUAUCACCUCUGCCCUGCCAUGGUACUAUCUAUCUCUAUUUAUAAUGCCUAUAGAAGUAGCAAAAGAAUUUGAGAAGCUGCAGGCUGCCUUUCCUUGGGGUGGGUCAGCGUCAAGAAAACCAAUCCACGUGGUUAAAUGGGAUGAAGUAGCAAAGAGUGUGAAGCAGGGAGAAUUAGACAAUAUGAGAGUUAGGUUGGUAAAUGAUUGUAUGUUAUUAAAAUGGGGAUGGAGGUUUGGUAAAGAGAAAGAUGCUUUGUGGAAAAAGAUUAUCUGCAUCAAAUAUAAUCUGGAUGUCAAAAGCUGGUUCCCCUCUUCUAGCUCUAGCAGCAGGUACUCUUGUGUGUGGAAAGGAAUCGCCUCCUUACCUGAGAGGAGAAAUAAUCUGAUAAUGUUCUUUUCUAUCAAUGUUCAAGUUAAGAUAGGGGAUGGUCAAAGCACUAACUACUGGAAGGACAAAUGGGGUAACAAUUAUUGCUUGAAAGAUGAAUUUCCUAUUCUGUAUAGAUUGGUGAUGGAAAAUGAUGAAACCCUAAGAUCAAUGUAA